UAAGGACGCUUCUAAAGACGGAGGUUGUAUAUAAGUGGGAGAUUUCGCGUAUUUUUUUUACAAAGUUCAUUAUAAAGGCAGUAUGGAGGACAGUACAGUUCUCAGAGUUUUUGGAAUAGCGGAUUAUCUUGUGUUUGGCGCCCUGAUUACAAUUUCUAUCGCAAUAGGAAUAUUCUUUGCCAUUAAGGACAAGAAACAUAUUUCGUCAGCGAACUACUUUCUAGGAGACCGGAAGUUAAAGGCAAUUCCCCUUGGCUUAUCGUAUGUAGUGACAUUCCAAUCCUCAAUUAUUUUGUUAGGGUCUCCUGCAGAAGUCUAUGUUUAUGGUCUGCAAUAUGCUAUACAAAUGAUUGGAGUAUUGGCGGCAUUUUACCUUGCUGCCGUAAUCGUGGUGCCGCUGUUUCAUCCAUUGAAGAUUACAAGCGUGUAUGAAUAUUAUCAGCUUCGAUACGGGACUAAAUCUGUACGAUAUCUUGGCGUGAUUCUGGGAGUUUUGUAUUACACUCUUUAUAUGGGUGUAGUGUUAUUUGGAACUGCAUUAGCUCUUGAGUCGACUACAGGUCUACCUAUUUGGAUUUCAAUCGUGACAUUUUCUGCCGCCGCUUCUUUAUACACGUCUAUUGGUGGGAUAAAAGCCGUCGUUUGGACCGACGUGUUUCAGUCAAUAGUGAUGUUUAGCGGCAUUCUUGCAGUUAUCAUUAAAAGCACCAUUAGCGCUGGAGGGCCAUCUCAAGUUGCACACAUCAGUAAAGAUCGCAUAAACCUGUUCAACUUUAACCCAGAUCCGACCAUUCGACAUACAUUCUGGACAUUGGUUAUAGGCACUAUACCCCAAUUCUUUUAUCCAGCAGUAACGCAGGCCGGGGUACAGCGAAUAAUUUCCACACCGCACGUGAAUGUGGCAAAAAGAAUGUUAUACAUUGCUGCUCCUAUCUACUGCAUUGUCUGGGUAGUUGUUAUGUUUGAGGGCAUAUCAGUAUACGCAUAUCACAGUUUGAAAGGCUGUGACCCUUUGGCGUCUGGUCAAAUAACCAACCCGAAUCAAAUUAUCCCAUUUACAAUACUAGAAAUGUUUCAUGAUUUUCACGGAAUGUCCGGCUUAUUUAUAGCAGCUCUUGCAGCGGCUUCUCUCAGCACGAUUUCAUCGGGAUUAAGCGGUCUCGCGGCGGUUACGUGCGUAGAUGUGUUAAGGGUUCUUAAGCCAAGUAUCGACGACCGGAAAGCCACAAACAUAUCAAAACUGUUUGUUUUAAUGUAUGGAAUAAUAUCAGCCUGUCUUGCCUUUUUCUUGUCGAACGUAAAAGGUCCACUGGGUGAAAUAAUGGCUGGAUUCACUGGGGCUGUUGCUGGACCGGAAACAGGAAUGUUUCUUGUCUCCGUGUUCUUCCGACGAGCCCGGCAUCAAGCCGUUUUCUUUGCGACUUGUGUUGGGUUAAUAUUUAGUCUAUGGCUUAUAUUUGGACAAACGUUCUCUUCAGACUUAGCCAGAACGCCGUAUUUGCCUUUGGGACCAACGGACCAGUGUCCUAUCAGAACAAAAAAUGCCUCGUAUUUUAAUUUUGAAAAUUCACAAGUUGCUAAUAUCACGACAUCGGCAGCAACUUUCUCUCCGGAGGCUUCCGAGACGAAACCGUUGUCCUCCAUCAGCAUGUUCUAUUCAAUAUCAUAUAUGUAUUUUCAUUUAAUCGGAACAAUUUUAACAAUAUUUGUUGCAGUUAUUGGAAGUAUUCUACCUUUACCAAUCUACCAGCCUAUACAAAAAGUCAACGAAAGCUGUGUCUUGCCGUUCUCCAUAUUUGUUCCAUCGUUCCUAAAGAAGUGUUAUGAUAAUUGCAGGGGGGAUAAUCAAGUUAAGAAGACUAGCGAUUAUGCGGGUGAAAAUGAGAAUAUGUUAAGAAAAGAAGAAAGUACAAAUAUAUAACAUUAUUAAGCCGCGUUUUUUUUUAUAAAUUUUAGAUCAUUUUUUUUCUCUAAAGUUUUGAAAUUUCUUUUCAUGAAAUGCUUAUAGGUUCUGCACAUUUUUGUAAUAUUUGUUUUGUAAGUUGUUUAGGCAUUGUUUCUCCAAAAUAGUUUGUUUAUUUUCACGGAAUAUAUUUUGAUAUUUGGUCUUGGAGUUGCUCACUGUCAUUUUUAUGUUCACCGUGAAAUCAUUUUUUCGUUUGAUAUGUUUGUAUCUUUUAAAUGUUUAUAUUUGUUUUGUAAAGUGUUUGUUCUUUAGGUCUCUUAAAACGUUUCAUUUUUUCCACAUGAAAUGUUAAUAUAUUCAGUUUACGAAUUGUUGGUAAAAUAUCAAGACAUAUGUUAUACAGUGUAACUUCGGAAAACCGAACACUUGUGGGACUAGCCAAAAAGUGGAAGUUUCCGAAUUCAGAAGUUCUGAUUUAUCUAAAGAAGUAAAAACAUUAACCAUCAAUUGUUUUAUUAAGACAUGAUAAAUGAUAAAAUUAAUAAAAUGGCAAAAUUAUAGAACUGUUAAAACGUUUAUAAUUAUAUCAAAUUUCAUUAUCACCUAUAACAGACUUUGUUUAUGAAAUAGCACAAUGUUUUGUAUCACAGUUUAUCCCUAAGUAUAUUUCAUGUUGUACUGGCUAUUAAAGCGGCACGCCUCCAUAUUCAUGCUAAUUUUCAUGAAAAAUUUGAAAAUGUUUUUAAAAGUAAAUUAUUAUGAAAUGAACAAAGAAAGUAAUAAACACAUUGGAAUCGGCACUUACAAUCAGAGUAAAUUACCACAAAGAAAUAAAAAUAUGCAAAAAUAGCCUCUACUGCGUUAGUAACGCAGUAGAAAUACAGUGAUAAAUAAUCAGUCAUUAAUUGCACAUAAGAUAUAUAUUAAAAGUUGAAUCAUUAAUAUAAUCACUUAAAAUCUUAGUACAUUUAUCCAAAGUUUAAUUUUCUUGAAAUAGUUGGGCUCAUCUGGAGGCAUGCACCUUUAACCUGUCAUCGUUGUUUUCCAUCACAAAUGAUUCAUAGGUUGUGAUUCUAAUAUGACUGUGUCAAGAUAAAUGGUAAAUGCUAAUUGGAAGAUACUAUGGCAUGUUAAACGUUGCAAAAUUCAAUAAAUCUUUUUUUUGUCUAUAACCAAUAUUUUAUAUUGUAUAACUAAAAUCUAUAUUCUAUACCAUAAUAUUUAUUCAAUCCUACUGAAUAUUUGUUCAACAUGAAACUAUUUGUAUGCGAUAAUUGUCUAUAUGUAAUAUAAUUGAAAAUAUAUAUUGUACAAUUAAAAAUAUUUAUUGUAUCAAUACUGAAAAAUAUUUAUUCGAUAAUUUGAAUCAUAAGAUAGACCACUCAGCAUAUUUGCAUAUUUUGCAUUUUGCAACGUUUAACAGGCCAUAAGAUACUGCCAUUUGAAGGUUUACAACCGCAAGUAUAAUAUUCCUUCAAAUCCUUUCGAUUUCCGAAUUUUUGAAGUAAACUUGACUUGAUAUAAGCAAAAUUUGAGUAGAAAUUUGUUCGGAAUUCAGAAGUUCCUUAAUUAAAAGGUGUUUAUUAUAUAGAAAACAUAUGAAAAAAAUUUGGAACCCUGAACAAUGUUCGGGUUUAGGAAGUUUCCGAAUUUAUAAGUUCCGAAUUUCGAAGUUACACUGUAAUGUGAAAUAUUUAAAGAAAGCUAAGAAAUGUUCAAACAUGAUCUCUUUAAAAUCUCUCUCUUCUUAUAUUUGAUUUUUACAGGUAUUUUUCUACUUGUAUCAAUGUAUGAAUUAUUGUGAACUAUUUAUAUACAUGUAUAUGUAUCACUUCUUGUAGACUGAUAUAAUAAUAAAAAUAUUUUG